AUGGUACUGACCAAAGAGUGCAGUGCUUUAGUCCAGAAUGAACUACCAAGGAAGAUGCCAAAUCCAGAGAGCUUUCAGAUUCUAUACACUAUUGGAAAUAUCACUCUUGACAAAACCCUAUAUGAUCUUGGAUUAAGUUUAAAUCUGAAACCUUCAUCUGUGAUGAAGAAGCUAGGAAUCCAAGAGGCACAAGCAACAAGGAUUACCAUACAAAUGAAUGACCAGUCUUUGAGGCAAACACACGAGCUAGUGGAGAACGCAAUGGUAAAGGUUGGAGAGCUCUUCUUUCCUGCAGGCUUUAACAUGGGAGAGGAUGCGAAUGACUCCAUCAUUUUUGAAACCUCACUCUUGGCCACUAAAAGAGCCCUGAUAGAUGUCGAGCAAGGAGAGAAGGCACUGAGGUUGUAUGAGGACUAG